AGCACCCCCAACUCGAAACGCUCGAAACCAGCCGUCGUCCCCGUCUUGGCGACUCCCACAAAGGCCAUAGCCUUCAAUGCCGCCCUCACGCCCGGCAGGGCCGCCGACCGAUCGGCGAGGAGGAAGAGCGCGCGAGCGCUGAUUGACCGCGUCGUCGGGGACGGAGGCAGCGACGAGGACGACGACAUCACCAGGCAGAUUUACGAAUCGAGCGACGCCGGGGACGAAGACGACGAUGGCGAGGACGAGCUCGAGGACAAGACGGACGGCGAGACAACGGCGGCAGGCUCCGUACAAGGCGGAGAAGAAGAAGAAGAAGCCGCCACGCCCUCGAAGAAGCCUCGGGGCCGCCCCAAGGGCAGCCGCCCAAAGAGACCCAGGUCGCCCACGCCGCCGAGGGAUCUGCCUCCUCACGAGCUGUACUUCUUGCACAACCGGCCCGGCAAGCCCAAGACGUCGGACAACACCCUGGCGUCCCUCAACCUGCUCUCGCACGACGAGUACUUUGCCGUCCUGCGCGAGCACCGGGACCGCCACGCCGACAACAUCGAGUCUCUCGAGGCGCUGCACGCCGAGUCCUUCCCCCAGUGGGCCUUUGAGCUGUCCCAGGGCUUCAGCAUAUGUCUCUACGGCCUGGGAUCCAAGCGGCAUCUCCUCCGCAAGUUUGCAACCUACAUCCACGCCAGCACCAGAAAGUCCACCAACAGCAGCAGCAGCAGCAAGAUCGUCAUGGUCAACGGCUACGCGCACACGACCAACCUCCGCGAGAUCCUCAGCGUCGUCGCCUCCGCCAUCGAUCCCUCCCAGAGAGUGCCCGCCUCUCAGCCCGCCGUCAUGAUCCAGAACAUCUCCUCCCUCCUCUCCGCCACGAAGAAGCUCACCAUCACCAUCGUCAUCAACUCCAUCGACGCCCCUCCCCUCCGCAAGCCCGGCUCCCAGGCGAUCCUGUCGCAGCUCGCCGCCCAUCCGCAGGUCCACCUCGUGGGCUCCGCGGACACACCCGACUUCCCUCUGCUGUGGGACAUUGGCGUCCGCUCGGGCUUCAACUUCGUCUUCCACGACUGUACCACUUUCUCUCCGUUCAUGGCCGAGCUCGACGUCGUGGACGACGUGCAUGAGCUCCUCGGCCGGCAAUCCCAGCGCGUCAACGGCCGCGAGGGCGUCGCCUUCGUCCUCAAGAGUCUGACGGAAAACGCCAAGAACCUGUUCCGCCUCCUCGUCGGCGAAGUCCUCAUCGCCAUGGAGGACGAAGGCGACGACGGUGUUGGGCUGGAGUAUAGGAUGGUGUACAACAAGGCCGUGGAGGAAUUCAUCUGCAGUUCCGAGAUGGCUUUUCGGACGCUACUCAAAGAAUUCCACGACCACCAAAUGUUGACGAGCCGCAAAGACAAUCUUGGAACAGAGCUGUUGAGCCUGCCAUUUCGUAAAGAAGACUUGGAAGCCAUUUUAGAAGACUUGACU